UUGAAAAUAGAAACCUACGGGGUACGGUUGGCUCACACUGGGCCACAAGUAACCCUUGUGGUUACAAUCUUCACUCCCAUCUAUAAUUCCCCUUCUCUGUCUUCUUCUCUAAUAUAUCCCCUUUAGAUUUCCUCUUUUCCACUUCAUCUAUCUCUCAAGAGGAGUUAUUAGGUUUGUUAUGCCUAUGGCUCUUAACGUGAGCAAAGUUGUGCCCAGUAGUCCCAUUUUAGCGAAGAGGGCUAGUGCUUCGAGAUCUCAAAGGGUCUUGCUAGCUUUCUCACCCAAAAAGAGCUCCUCUGCUGAAGAAUUACAAGGUCUUUCUUGUACAAAGCCUGUUACUUUUGUUACUACUUGUCGUAGAUCUUCUUCUACUUUGUGUUUUCUUGGAAAGUCUCAAGACACUGAAACUAAACCACACGAGGAGUCACCUAACUCUCAAAUUGUACAAAAAGAAGGUGAGAAGAAAGUGAAGCCAAGGAGAACAAGCAGCUCAAGACAGGUUUUGGUGGAAUAUGUGUCUAAUGAUGCUAAGUUUGUGAAUGAAAGGGCUCGUAGCGACUUUGUUCUUCUCUCUCGUGGCAUUAUGAGACUUGACGCUCGUGCGCGUCAGGACGUUGCAAUUCUUGGUUCAGGGUUCCUUAAACUCGAUGCUCGGGCAAGAGAAGAUACAGAGAAAAUAGAUCGUAAUGUCAAGAGAAAAGCCGAGCGCCUUCAUCAUAUUGCUACUAUAUUAAAAAACAUAGCUCAGUCUAAGUUGAAAAAUGCCGCUGAUAAGCAUUGGAGUGACGGUGCCUUAGAGGCUGAUUUGAGGCGAGCAGAUUAUAAGGCUAAGCAAAGGGCAAUGGAGGAUGCAUUAAUGUCUUUAGAGUUCAUCAAGAACAUUCAUGAUAUGAUGGUGCAAAAAAUGGUUGACAGCUUGGUGAUGUCAGAAACUGGUACCACGGACCGCAUAUCUCUUGAGAAGAAUGGCAAAGCUCUAGACUUUUUUCCAGGGGAAGUUUCAUCUGAUCGCAUAUCUGCUAUAGAGGAAGCUUACAGCAGUAUGGCAUCAGCGCUCUCAGAAGCCGAUGGAAUUGACUACACUGACCCUGAAGAGCUUGAGUUGUUAGUCACAACUCUGAUAGACCUGGAUGCAAUGGAUGGUAAGAGCAGUGCAUCUCUGUUAGCCGAAUGCUCGAUCUCUCCUGAUGUCAAUACAAGAAAAGCGUUGGCUAACGCCUUAGCAGCUGCACCGUCGAUGUGGACACUUGGAAAUGCAGGCAUGGGAGCGUUACAGAGACUUGCGCAAGAUAGUAACCCAGCAAUUGCAGCAGCUGCUUCGAGAGCGAUCUUUGCGCUGAAGAAGCAGUGGGAAGUAGAAGAAGGUGACUCACUUAGGUUUAUGAUGAACUUGGAGAAACCGACUGAUGAUGAUGAUUAUGAUGGAGAGAGUGACCAUGACGAAAUCUGAAGAAAGUUCUUUUUUCAUGUAAAAGAAUGUUAAGUUUGUAGAUAACUUAGAGUUCAUAAUAACUUUAGUUGAUAUAAAAAAAAAUCAUAUGAAAUUAUGUAACUAUGGAUCAAUAGAAACCGGCAAAAAUAUUUAUUUAUA